AUGACUCGAGGAAAGCAGAAGAUAGAAGCGCAGCGGAAGAACGCAGAGAAGAAUCAGAAAUCCAAAGGUUCUCAGUUUGAAGCCAGAGUCGUUGCUCUCAAAGUAACAUGCCCCAUCUGUAAGGUACAGCUAGCCAAUCAAAAUCAGCUUAGGGAUCAUUAUGGGGCUAAACAUCCAAAGGAGAAUCCCCCUGCUGAAUCAAGCUGA